AUGGACUUCCCUAUGGAUGAUCUACCUGCCUUCCAUGAGCCAUUCCCUACGCUGCACCCAACCACGUUUCUCGAGCUUUACGAGCUAACAGGCAUGGACUUGGCACCCAGAGGCCAAGCUCCAGAGGUCCUGCUUGCUCCUGGACUCGCAUCUGGAGAAGGCUACACGCUGCCUUCUCUCGAUGCAUUCGCGGCACUCAGCGCUACCUCGCAAAAUACGUCACUUCCCGAUGAUGCCGUUGAAGUAGCGAAUGUUUCCAUGGGCCCACCAACCCGACCCCGAAAGAGAAAAGCCGGGACAUUGAAGGCCGAGGACUGGGAGCCUCGCAGGCCCUUCAUAAAACGGCUUCACAUCGAUCAAGGUCUGCCGCUCAAAGAGGUCAAGAACAGAAUGGAGAGCGAGUUUGGAUUCAAGGCUGAAUAUCGCAUUAGUCAGUGGGCCCUCGACAGGAAUGUUAAGCCUCGGGAGAUGAAGGCAACGGCGCGGAAACGGCCGUAUCGAAGACUUUUCGAGCGCAACAAACGGGAGCUUGCUUCCACCGUCAGAGGUCAAGAAGCCGAUCCACAGAAAAUCGACAGACGGAUGAAGAGAAACGACAAUCCGAAAGUCUUAGAUAUGAUCCCAGUCCCGCUACAUCCACGCCAUCCGCAGUUCUCUAUCGAACAGUUUCCGCACACGGUUCUACGCAUCUUUGUCCAAUAUCGGUAUAGGCCAGUGGAGGAAGAGCGUCUGAGGGAAGACUUGACGUCGAGGAGAAUGUUGUAUGAACCUGGCAACCCAACCACGUUACGUACAUUAUUGAAGCUAGGUGGCGUGUUUCUUGAUCAAGGGAGAUACAAGUCUGCCGAAAAGGUGAUUCGUGAAGCAGUGAAUGCCUACUCUGAUGAUAGCGACGAAAAAGACAUGGAUAUGCUCCUCGCUUUGGGUCUUCUUGGUCGAGUAUUGCGUCUUCAGGGAAGUUAUUCCGAGGCAGCAACGAUGCAGAAAAAGGUACUUGAGAAGCGAAAGGGCAUCCUUGGCGACGAACAUAUCGAUACAAUCGCGGCUAUGAGUGAGCUUGCAAAGACACUUACCUACCAGGGCGAGCCCAACGAAGUAGCAACGAUGCUAAACGAGGUGCUUGAGAAGCGAAAGCGCAUCCUCGGUGACGAGCACCCUGAUACAAUCACGGCUAAAAGCGAUCUUUCUUUGGUGCUUGGCGAUCCGCAUCAUCAGACCAAGUUCGAGACGGCAACAACAAUGCAGAGAGAGGUAUUUGAGAUGCGAAAUCGUAUCCUCGGCGACAACCAUCCUGACACAAUUACGGCCAUGAGUAAUUUUGCUACGACUCUUGGCAAUCAAGGCGAGUUCGAGACGUCACUGGAGAUGGCGAGAGAUGUUCUUGCGAAGCGAAAUCACAUCCUUGGCGACGAGCAUCCUGAUACCAUCACAGCCAUGAGUAAUGUUGCCCUGUCUCUUGCAGCUCAGGGUGAGCCUGGGGAAGUAGUAGCGAUAGAAACGAUGCUCAACCAGGUGCUUGAGAAGCGAGAACGCAUCCUUGGCGAGGAACACUUCGAUACUAUCACCGCCAUGAGUGGUCUUGCCUUGAUCCUCGAGGCCAAGAAUGACGGUCAGAUAAGAAUCUUUAAUCGGAUCGUUAGGCUUGGCAAUCAAGAUGAGCUCGGCGAGGCAGUGGCGAGGCGUAGAGAAGUACUUGAGAAAGUACAGCGAAUCUUUGGCCACGAACAUUAUCAUACAAUCGAGGCCAUGGCCAACCUUGCGAGCUCACUUUGCCAUCAGGACGAGUUCGACGAAGCAGUAGCAAUGCUGAGAGAGGCACUUGAGAAAAUGAAGCGGACCUUUGGUAACGAACAUCCCGUGACAAUUAGAGCUAUGAAUAACCUUGCAAUGGCGCUUCGUGAUCAGGGCGAGUUCGAGACUGCAGCGAUGAUACAAAGAGAGGUGCUCAAGAAAGGAAAGCGGGUCUUUGGCGAGGAAGAUCCUUACAUGGCCAGGUUCACCGAAAAUCUUGAGAGGAUUCUUCGUGAUCAGAAGAGCUUAGAGGGCGAUAGUGAAUCUUUGGUACCAAUGUGA